AGAAGUUUAACCCUCCUAACUGCAGGUGGCGCUCUAGACUAGAGGAUCUAGAAGCAACAAGUCUGUGGUUGAGAAUAAGAUCAAACAUGGUGACUGUGGGACUGCAAAGAGUAAACGAUGAAGUGGCUGCUAAGCAUCCGGGGCUGUCUGAAUAUGCUGCCUGCCAGUCUAAUGCUUUUAUGAAGGGAAUUGGCACUUUCAUAUCAGGUUCAGGCGCUGCAUUCAUUGUACAGAAGCUGUUAAACACAAAGCUGCCCUAUCCCCUGCAAUGGAGUGUUCUUGUAUCUGUAGUUGCAGGGUCUGUUGCCAGCUAUGCAGUGACAAGAAUUGAAACUCAGAAAUGUAACAACCUGUGGAUCUACCUGGAGAAAGAGGAUCUGCUACAGUCGUCUAUAAAAGGAACCCAGCAGGCAUCAGACAGUGACCACAAAAAGAAUAAAUAUGGAGAUGUGGUUGAAUGAAUUAACAAUGACUCAUGUUAUUAAUAACAAUAUAAGCAUGGGGGACUUUCCUCCCAUGGGAUAAACUGAAUUAAUAGGAUGUGAUCAAUGACUGAGCAAUGUUUUUACACAGUAAUUCCAUAUUCUCUUUUUUUUAUUUUUACUAAAAUUAAAACAACAGAAGACAAACAAAAUGAUUCACCCUCCAUAGGACAAAUGACUUUAUGGAAAACAUCUCAUGGGAUUUAUAUCAGGUGCAUCUUUCUGACUAAUGUAGUAAACAUACUGAAACUGAUAAUUUAAGAAACAUAGCAAGGAACCUUUAACACUAUGAUCUAUGGCAUUAUUGACAUACACUUUAUUUUUUACACUCCUUUUGGAAAUGUGAGCUAAUAUUUCCAUCAUGCUUAUAAUCUUGGCAAGUAAAUACAGUAAAAUAUCCAAUGAUCCUUCACAAAUACAGGGUCACACUGUUAAGUUGGGACAGGGAAUGAUUAUGGCACCAAACAAUAAAUUUAUAAACAAUA